AUGGUCUGUACAAGGUCAGAUCUGGGACAUGCAGUCAGUGUUGUAAACAGGUUCAUGGGACAACCAGGAAAAGAGCAUUGGCUAGCUGUGAAGAGGAUUUUCACGUAUUUGAAGGGUACAUCUGAUGUUGGCCUCAUAUAUGGAGGUGAGGCUCCGAGCCUGGUUGCAGGCUAUUCUGAUUCUGAUUAUGCAGGAGAUGUAGAUAGCAGAAGAUCGAUGACUGGUUAUGUGUUUACCUUGGGUAAUUCUGUGAUCAGUUGGAAAGCAACUCUGCAGCCAACUGUGACGUUAUCAACUACUGAGGCAGAGUACAUGGCUUUGACAGAAGCUGCGAAGGAAGGUAUAUUGCUAAAAGGAUUGAUCAGUGAUCUGGGUUUGCAUCAUGAUCAGGCUACAGUGUAUUGUGACAGUUUGAGUGCGAUCUAUUUACCCAAGGAUCAGGUCCAUCAUGAAAGGACCAAGCAUAUUGAUGUGAGAUAUCAUUUCCUGAGAAAUGAAAAGCGGAUUCAAGUGAAGAAAAUAGGGACAUCUGACAAUCUUGCUGAUAUGUUCACUAAACCGGUUCCUCAGAGCAAGGACUGUUUGUACCACCGAACCUCAUUGAUGUCGAGUUUGGUGCAAGGAGUUUACGCAAUGGAACGAGACAGGCAAAACAACCGGAGUGGUUCCGAGUCAUUAGCCACACCUUGGUGGGAGAGUUUCAACUUCACUUUAAUCAAAGAAUUUAGGGACGCAGUUGACGGCUCCAUAUACGGUGCUGUCUUCCAAAACGUGAUCAAUUAUGAGAUUACCCCCAUCUCGAUAGUACCUCCGCGUUACGUGGUUGCGUUACGCGGAACUGUCAUAAGUACAUCUACUUUAAACGAUUUGACGUAUAUCAUCAAUUUACCAUUCGAGACCCUUUAUGACGGGGAGAAGACUAAGCAUGUCACUGGAGAAAUCCGCUCUUUGGUGUCCAAACACGGAAACACAACUGUUUGGAUCACUGGACACUCUCUAGGAGCUGGCCUGGCACUACUCGCGGGAAAGACCAUGACCAUGUCUGGACUCCCCGUUGAGGCUUACAUCUUCAACCCACCUAUCUCCUUGAUUCCUCUAAAACAGUUCGGUUACAAUGACACACUUAAUGAUGCGUACCGACUCACCAGAGAUAUCUUCAAAGCUGGCAUAGCGAAAGUCCUAUCCCUUGAUGAGGAUCAAGAAGGUCAACAAUAUAAGAAUUUAGCUUCGUGGAGACCUCAUUUGUUUGUGAACGAAUCAGAUCCAAUAUGCUCGGAAUAUAUUGGCAAUUUCGAUCACAUAGUCAAUAUGACUGAGGUGGGACUCGGAAAGAUCGCGAGGUUGGCUGCUGGAUACUCAGUUAGGCGUAAGUGUUUCGGAGGAGAAGAAACUUCACCAGAUCAUCUUCAUUUUCUUCCAUCGUACAUUAUGAUUGAAAACAAGACUAAAUUGUCGAACAUUUAUGAUAGUCAUGGGAUUCAGCAAUGGUGGAAUCAUCAAGUACAGUUUACAGUGAGUUAUUAUUCAUACUGAUAAUUCAUUCAUGGCUUUCAAGGCUUCAGUCUUUUCUAUUUCUUGUCAACUGAAUAACUUGUUAAAUUGUAUAUUUUCAAAUGUUUCCUUUUCUUUGAUAAAAAUAUGGUAAGGUACUGUUUGUACUUACAAAAUAAAGCU